AUGCCUCCCAAGAAGUCUACCGGCGCGUCCAAGAAGGCUGCGCCUGCUGUCCACACCUCUUACCGUGAUAUGAUCAAGGAUGCCAUUGUGAACCUCAAGGAGCGCAAUGGUAGCAGUCGCCAGGCGAUCAAGAAGUACGUCUCGGCCAACAACGACAUCCAUGUUAUGUCCCCGGGUAUCUUCGAUGCUCAGUUCAACAAGGCCAUCAAAGGCGGUGUUGAGAAGGGUGAAUUCACCCAGCCCAAGGGUCCCUCUGGCCCCGUGAAGCUCGCUAAGAAGGAGCCUGGUGUCAAGGCCCCUGCUAAGCCCGCGGCCAAGCCUGCCGCGAAGCCUGCUGCUAAGCCCGCUGCUAAGACUGCCAAGGCCACCAAAGCCACCACCAAGAAGGCUGCUCCCAAGAAGGCUGCUAAGACUGCCGGCACCAAGAAGACAACCACCAAGGCUACUACCAAGAAGACUGCCACCAAGGCUGCUGCUAAGCCCAAGGCCAACUCUGGCAAGGCCCGCAAGACUCCCGUUUCCGCUCCUGCUAUCGUUGAGCAGCCCAAGGUCCUGGGCAAGACCAAGUCUGGCCGUGUCACCAAGACCACUGCUCCUCCCCCGCCUGCUCGGACAGGUCGGGCAGCUCCCAAGAAGCGGGUUACCAAGAAAUAG